AGAGAGAGAAACAGGAAAAACGUCGCAGCAGCACCGCGUUAAAAUGCGUCGGUUGUGAAAAUGAUGAAGAUGAAUCUCUCGUGGCACAACCGGUGGGACAAGGGCGACGAAGGUCGCAGCUGCGCGUGACGUCGCGUCGCAAGUGCGUCCUCUCUUGAGAAAGAGAGAGAGAGAGAGAAAGAGCUUCCCGGCGCGAGAUUUCAAAUCCGACGCAUUUUCCCGCGCUACAUACUUUAUCGAUCCAAUACGAUUACAUACGAUUCACAACGAUUACAAACGAAGAACGGCCGAGUUGGUAAACUUCGAGAAUUUUAAAGAGUCCCACGUUUACGUUCGCAGUUAUCGACUGAUAUCGAGCGAGGGGAGCGACUAGUCGAUCGGUCGCAUGACCGAUACGGAGGAAUCGCUUUUAUUUUCGGUAUAAUACGAUUAAGCAUUAUCGACGAUAACUUUCAAUCGGGUAUAAUUAUUUCGACAGAGAGACUUCGAGUCGUUGAAAAUUAAACACAAAUUAUAAGGGAGUUAUGAUUAAACAACGAGUAAGAGGGGUAACGUGGAAGGGGAUGUACGAGCCUGAAAUGAACGAGCCAAUCGGUAGGAGACAUCGGUACCCUCAGUAUGCCACGAGAGGCGCUUCAGACAAUACGUAGUGGCGCGCCGUAUUGCGCGGUACGAGGCGGAGGGAUUCAUGUCGCAGAAUAUGCCGCAUUGCCACGAGUAGCGUUCGCUCGCUCUCUAUCUCUCCCCCCUCUCUCUCUCGCUCUCGCUCUCGCUCUCGCUCUCGCUCUCGCUCUCCUCGCUCACUCUUUCUCUAUCUUUCUUUUUCUAAUUCUCCCACGCUCUAUUAUACGGAAAGGGGUAAAUUCGUGCGUGCAAGAAGAAAACACGCGCGCGCUACCACUGCCAGUUAGGAAAGGGGAUCAUUGACGUCGCGAAUUCGACAUGAGAAAUGCCGACAGAGACGACGACGAGGACGGCGAUAGCGCUUGAAAUUCUUCGUGUACAGCGAAAAACUAGGUGUCUUCCUCGCGAACGUCUCGCCGAGCCAAAUACCACCACCGCCGUUCAUUCGUUCUUGUUAAUAAUAAAUAAUAAGGAAAGAGAAAACGGAUCGGUUCACAAUGAACAUCCGGCGAUUGCCCGGUUUCUUUUAUCACUACAAGAUGCUCGGUGGUCUCCUCGUAUCGGCUUUCCUGUUUGUCAUCUAUCUUCUUUUUCACUGGGGUAUUAUGUGCACGAACCUGGAAGCUUGGCGACACGUUAUCAGCGCGUGCAGAACUCACAACGAUGGCACGGCGAUGGGAAUUUUGUGUGAACCACUUUGCUCGGAGAAGGGUAUACAUUCUUUGGCCUGUGAAACUUUGCAUACCGGCAAGGAAGCAGUAUUUUCUGCUCACUGGGAAGCGACUAGACUUGUAUUUAAAGCUUACAGAACGAAAUCUUCCUCGGAAGAGUAUGAAUCUCUUUUUUGGGUCGACACGUUCGAUGAGAAACAUUUCCCCACGGAAGAAGAUUUCGGAACGAUGAUCAAAGAUCUUGUAGUGAAUAAGUUAAAUUACACGGUAUCGACGCAACAGAUGCAAAGGCUCGCGCGUUUGCGUACCCACAAGAUCGAGGUUGACACCAAGAGGCGUCAACUCGAGAUGGAAAACGUUUGGCCACUUUUACAGGAAAACGAAUAUCUCAUAACUAUUUUAUUCGAAGAUCGUGACGUUUUCCCACAACUGAUCGGCACGUGCGGGACUUUCUAUGCCGUUGAAUACGUCAGACCUAUAGAAACUCCAACGACGACAUUGGCACUCUCCGACUCGAAGCCAGAAUGGGCAAAGAGAUUGAAGCUCGCCGUCAUGAUUAUGGACCUGCUGGAGGAACUUGAGACGAAUUUUCCGGAACCGUUUCAUCUUUGCGACGUCAAGAUAAACCACUUUGGUUUGCCUCUCGGCGGGCAGAAGCUCAAAUUUCUCGACUUGGACGCGGUCUUUCCUAAGAGCAUUAUCGGCCGUAUCACCGCGGAUGGGAAGGCCUGUAAGAGACACGAGGAUUGUGAUUUCUUCGAUUGUAGAUCGUUAUGUUCGAAGAACGAACGAUGCGAAUCGCCGGUCGUUAAUAAUAACCUACAGAUUAUAUGCGAAAAAAUCUUUCUUGGCUGGACCCUAUCAGGAACUAUCAUUCUACCUGGUUUACUGAUGUCGGAACAUACCACUAGUUCGCUCGCUGUCCUUUUGCGACAGUGCGCCAAUCCAACCGGUGAUAUCACUCAUUUGCCACGAGCAUAUGUACCGGAUAAUUUAAAAACACGACUGUACAAUACGUUGAACGAUAUGGAACAGGAAAUCUCCGCAUCUUUGUGAACUCGAUCGAAUUGGGAAGGGUGUCUUUGAAAGAAAAGGGCACGCACAUUACUUUCGCAAUUUCUUUUCUAAUAGAGAAAUUAUCGAUAAUAUUAUAUUAUAUAAUAUGACAACGAGUCGUUUUAGGAAAGAACAAAUAUCGGUCCACGAUUUGUUAUUUUAAAUAUACCUACUGAAUUAUAGAAUAUAGAUACAUACGAACAUUGCUUGUCGCGUAGCUAAUCGCCUUUUAUAUUUAGCAUAUUGAAUUGUACAAUCCUUUUUCAGGAUAUACCUUAAUAGGUAUGAAGUAAAUAGAUUUCGACACGCAGAGAGAUUAACAAUAUGUAUUAACUUUAACGAGGGGAUGUAGCUAUAACAUAUUUGCUACGAAAGUAAACAGUCUUUCAAUGAAACCUAUAACACUCGAAAUGGCACUAAUUCAAAAUGAUUGUGAUUGGCGAUAAAUAAAAUCGUAAAUCGCUUUUGGUGAAUACUAUACUGAGAAUCAUCAAUCACGUUUUGAUUAAGAACGUUUUCUUCCUAUAUAUUUUUCUUGAAAUAAUUAAAUACCUGUUUCUUGAAAAAAAAA